CACGAAGAUUAAUACACAUCUGCAUGCGCUCGAACCAAUUUUCGAAGCACUUAUUCCACUCGUUUGCUGGCAGAUCCAAAACGGCAUUUUUGAAUGCGUCAACUGCUUCUUCUGGUGACUGGAACCUUUGACCACGCAGUCUGUUUUUAAUUUUCGGAAAAGUAAAGAAAUCGUUAGGACUUAGAUCGGGACUAAAUGAAGGAUGGUCCAAUAAUUUCACGUUUUCCUCCGUUAAAUGCUGCCUUCUUGCAUUGUCUUGGUGGAGGUGAUUCUUCUUUCGGGGUUGAUUUUUCGAAGCUCGGUGAUGACUUUUGGCAAACAAAUGGUGGUAUAUCAAUCCGCAGUAACAGUUCUUUGCUCAUUAAGAGGAGCUGUUGCAAUAUGACCCGCUUUUGACACAAAUGUCGCGACCAUCUUUUUCGAAACACUUC